GUGGGACGACUUUGUGAAUCACAGGGCGACUCAGAAACGUUAGCAAGCAGAACAAUCGUGGGCCUUGUCUGGCUGUUGUGAUUUCCCAACACUGAAGCUGGAGUGCUGAACUGGUCAAGGCUGCAUUUGGAGCCAAAUCGUAAAACGUGCUUUAUCAAAACUUUGAUCUGUUAAUAAUGUGGAAUAAUUCUGUGGAAUAAUUGUCCCACUUCACCUCUCCCAUGGAAUGGCUUUUGAAAAACUUGAUUUUCUUCUAAAUUCCACAAAACUGGAGACUUCGUAAGUAAAACAGGACACCUUAACAUUUGAAGAGGAGCUUUUCCUCAAAAAUGGAUCAGCAAGCAAGUGGUGGGGAGGACCCCAAUAAGCACCCAAAAAAGAAAUCAAAUGAGGAUGAUAGUAAGAACAAAAAGCUGAACAUGCAUAUUAAAACAUUGGCUGAUGACAUGCGUGACAGGAUUACAAGCUUUCGAAAACAAGGCGUAAAGAAAGAGAAGCCUUUUAUCCAGCACCCAACAGACCCCAUCUCCACACAUUCUGAACUACCUGUACCUCAGCCUCUUUUUGAUGAGCGAUCAUGGAAUCUCUCUGAAAAAGAGAUUGUUGACUUGUUUGAAAAGAUGAUGGAGGAUAUGAACCUGAAUGAAGACCGUAAAGCCCCUCUGCGUGAAAAGGACCUGAGCACUAAACGAGAGAUGGUUGUCCAGUACAUUUCUGCCACAACUAAAUCUAUAACUGGGAGCAAAGUUGCAGGGGGGCUGAGGAACAGCAAGCAUGAGUGUACAUUAUCAUCACAGGAAUAUGUGCAUGAGCUGCGCUCUGGCAUUACCGAGGAGAAGUUGCUCAACUGCCUUGAGUCUCUGCGUGUGUCUCUAACCAGCAAUCCUGUCAGCUGGGUGAAUAAUUUUGGUCAUGAGGGUCUUGGACUGCUUUUGGAUGUAUUGGAGAAACUUCUUGACAAGAAACAACAAGAGAUCAUUGACAAGAAGAAUCAACAUAAACUCAUCCAGUGCCUCAAAGCCUUCAUGAACAAUAAGUAUGGCCUGCAAAGGAUACUCGGGGAAGAGCGAUGCCUCCUUCUUCUGGCCAAAGCUAUUGAUCCCAAGCAGUCAAAUAUGAUGACGGAGAUUGUGAAGAUCCUGUCUGCAGUCUGUAUUAUUGGAGAAGAAAACAUUCUGGAUAAGAUCCUGGCAGCCAUGACUAUCGCAGCUGAGAGGAAUAACAGAGAGAGAUUCGCUUCAAUAGUAGAGGGUCUGGAGAACCAUGAAGCUCAGCACCUUCAGACAGCUUGUAUGCAACUAAUCAAUGCCCUGGUCACCUCUCCGGAUGAUCUGGACUUCAGAAUCCAUUUGCGGAAUGAGUUUCUGCGCUGUGGCCUGAAAAAGAUCCUGCCAGAGCUGAAGGAAACUGAAGAAUUGGACAUUCAGCUGAAGGUGUUCAAUGAGAAUAAGGAGGAGGAUUCUAUUGAGCUGUCUCACCGGCUGGAUGACAUCCGCACAGAGAUGGAUGAUAUGGAUGAGGUUUACCAUAUUCUUUCCAACAUGGUGAAAGAUACUGGCUCAGAGUCCUAUUUCCUGUCUAUUCUUCAGCACUUGCUGCUUAUCAGGAAUGACUACUAUAUCAGACCACAAUACUACAAGGUGAUCGAAGAGUGUGUGGCUCAGGUGGUUCUUCACCGGAAUGGACUGGACCCCGACUUUGGUUACAGAGAGAGACUAGAUGUAGACUUAACCCAAAUAAUUGAUCAGUGUGUAGAUAAGGCCAAAUUGGAGGAAAGUGAACGGACAGCAGCUGAAUUCUCCAAAAAGUUUGAUGAGGAGUUCAGCGCACGACAGGAGGCACAAGCUGAGCUGCAAAAACAGGAGGAGAAAAUCAAAGAGUUGGAGGAGAAGAUCACUUCUUUACAGAGUCAGGUUGCAGCUGGAGGCACUCAAAGAGUUCUCUCACCAAAAGGUGUUGAAUGUCCACCACCACCUCCUCCUCCUCCUCCUCCACCACCACCAGGAGCACCCCUUCCACCUCCUCCUCCUCCCCUUCCAGCAGGUAUGGGACCACCUCCACCACCACCACCACCACCUGGUUUUGGUCCACCCCCUCCACCCCCUCUUCCUGGAGGGGUUCUUGCACCUCCUCCGCCAGGUUUCCCUCCAGUACCAACUGUUCAAAAGCUACCUUAUGGUCUACAGCCCAAGAAGACCUAUAAACCUGACGCAGCCAUGAAGAGGGUCAACUGGUCCAAGAUAGUGCCUCAGGAGAUGGCAGAGAAUUGCUUUUGGAUCAAAGUCAAGGAGGAGAAAUUUGAGAACCCAGACCUAUUUGCCCAACUCUCGUUUACUUUUUCAUCCAAGUCCAGAGUGAAAAAGGAUGUGGAGGAAACGGACAGCAGAAUGACACAAUUUAAGAAAAAAGCAAAAGAGUUGCGAAUCCUGGAUGCCAAAACAGCACAAAAUCUGUCCAUUUUCCUUGGAUCAUUCCGAAUGCCUUAUGAUGAGAUCCGGGAUGCUGUCCUGGAAGUUGAUGAGGAGAAGCUGAAUGAGGCAUUAAUCCAGAGCCUGAUCAAUAAUCUCCCUGAACAGAAGGAGCUGAGCUCUCUGGCUGAGCUGAAGAGUGAGUACGAGGAGCUGUGCGAGUCAGAGCAGUUUGGCAUUGUGAUGAGCUCAGUGAAGCUAUUGCGCCCUCGUCUGAAUGCAAUCCUAUUCAAGCUGACAUUUGAGGAACAAAUAAACAACAUCCGUCCCGACAUCAUGAAUGUUACUUUUGCAUGUGAAGAAGUGAAGAAGAGUGAAGGCUUCACCAAGCUUCUGGAAUUGGUACUGCUUGUGGGAAACUACAUGAAUACCGGCUCCAGAAAUGCCCAAACUUUUGGGUUUAACAUCAACUUCCUCUGCAAGCUACGGGACACAAAAUCAACAGACCAGAAUACAACGCUUAUGCAUUUCUUGGCUGAGAAGUGUGCGGAAAUGUAUCCAGAGAUCCUGAAGUUCCCUGAUGAGCUGGAGCAUGUGGAGAAUGCCAGCAAAGUGUCUGCUCAGAUCCUCAAAGCCAGUUUGGACUCAAUGGAGCGUCAGAUCCAGAGGCUAGAGAAUGACAUCCAGAACUUCCCCAAGACAGAUGACAAACAGGAUAAGUUUGUGGAAAAAAUGUCAGGUUUUUCAAAAUAUUCACGAGAGCAGUAUGAAAAGCUGUCCACCAUGCACAAGAACAUGCAGAAGCUCUACGAGAGCCUGGGAAGCUACUUUGCCUUUGACCCACACUCCAUUAGCAUUGAGGACUUUUUUGGCGACCUGGCUAACUUCCGCAGCCACUUCAUGGAGGCUGUGAAGGAGAACCACAAGAAGAGGGAGAUGGAGGAGAAGAUCAAGCGGGCCAAGCUGGCAAAGGAGAAAGCUGAGCGGGAAAAGCAGGAACGGCAGCUGAAGAAGAAGCAACUGAUUGACAUGAACAAAGAUGGAGAUGAGACAGGUGUGAUGGACAGCCUGAUGGAGGCUCUGCAGUCUGGUGCAGCCUUCCGUGACCGCAGGAAAAGAACCCCACGCACUGACAACCGUCGCACUGGUUUGGAAAGAUCACGCUCACGGCACAACACAAACACUAUGGGCCGAUGAUCACAGUCCGUCUGUGCAUGUUAGCCAAGUGACAAAGACCCAGGAGUGGGUUGACAGUGGAGGCAAAAAGAUGGAUAGUGGAGAUUUAUGUGUGCCUUCCAGCAUGGCAGGAUCCUCACAACACAUACACACAAAAACAAAAACCAAUCCUCAAAACUGAUUCACAGGACAAACAGCUUCACAGGAUUGUUACUAUUACACUUUUGUAACCUGUGUAUUCCUUUCAUUUUCUGAUUGUGUUAAAAACUUAACAUAUCUGAUCCAUAACAAAUUAUUUUAAAUGUCCUUCAAAUCUGUUUUUAUCAUUUUCAUGAUUGCCAUGGGUUUGCCUUCAUCUUUAUGCUUCCCAUAAUUUGAGUAGUUUCCUAUUGUGUGUUUGGAUGUUUGCGUAGGUUUGAGUGGUUGAUCGCUGUUGUGUUUUUUGUUAUUUUGACUACUACACAUAAAAUUGUAGUUGAUAAAAUGUUGAUAAAAUAAUCUUACACAAAGGUGUGCAUGGUGGGACAGGACUAGAUGUAUACAACCCCAAUUCCAAAAAAGUUGGGGCACUGUGUAAACUGAAAAUAAAAAAGAAGCCAAUCAUUUGCAAAUCAUGGAAACCUUAUAUUUCAUUGAAAAUAGUACAAAGACAACAUAUCAAAUGAUGAAACUGAGAAAUUGUAUUGUUUUUUGAAAAAAAAAACAUUGUACUAUUUUCAAUGAAUUAUAGGGUUUCCAUGAUUUGCAAAAUAUCACAUUCUGUUUUUAUUUACAGUUUACACAGCGUCCCAGCUUUUUUGGAAUUGGGGUUUUGUGUGAUUGAUAUAUAAAAUGGCAUUUUAUUUUUGCAUCAUUUAAUAUACGUGAUAUGAGAUUUGUCUUAGAAAUGUGUGCAGAACAUUUGCGUGUCGUCCCCCCCCCCCCCCUCCCCCGGCCCUCCUGCCAGCUCCAGCAGUUAAUUUUUUUAACUACCUGUGAUAUUUCUAAUUAACUUUCUUGGUUCUUUAUCCUCAAAACAUGAAGGAACUUAAAACACAGCAACUCUGACCAGGAUAAAGCAUUUAUUGUCGAUGCACGAAUGAGUGCAGUAAACUGUAUGAGUGCUGUGCCACAUCCUAUAUGUACCCAUGUUAAUCAGUUUUUAACAGCAGUGGUUAGUCACAUCUGACCACCCACUCCUCUUCCAUGCAUAAUUGUAAGCACUUUCAUGAGCUUAUUACUGGGUCUCACAGGAUCCCUGGUCCCGAUGCACAUUUUUAAUUUGUCUAGCUAAUAACACUUUUUUUUUUUUCCUUCAUAUGAAGCUGGAGUAGCAUAAAAUAUGAAAGUGCUAUAUCUAAACACUGUAAGCAUAUCCUUUAAGCAUGUCCCAUGUCCGAGUUUAGUAAGAAGAUAAUUUGUGAGAACUAUUGUGUUAGUAUACCUCAAGGUGAAUAAGUUUUGCAAGACAAUAUGUGUGCGCACAUAUACAAAUAUAUAAAUCUACAUUGUCUUGCAAGUGUUCAUCUCUCUUGGUGUUUGUCCUGUUUUGUCGCAUUACAAUUAUCUUUUUUUUUUAAUUGUGACAGAAACAAUAAUUAAGAUGAAAAAACAGAAAUCUGGAAUGUGCAUAGGUAUUCACCCCUAAAGUCAAGACUUUGUAGAGCCAUCUUUUGCUGCAAUUACAGCUGCAAGUAUCUUGGGGUAUGUCUCUAUUAGCUUAGCACAUCUAGCCACUGGGAUUUUUGCCCAUUCCUCAAGGCAAAACUGCUGCAACUCCUUCAAGUUAGAUGGGUUGCAUUGGUGUACAGCAAUCUUCAAAUAAUCCCACAGAUUCUUAAUUGGAUUAAGGUCUGGGCUUUGACUGGACCAUUCCAAGACAUUUAAAUGUUUUCCUUUAAACCACUCCAGUGUAGCUUUAGCAGUAUGUUUAGGGUCAUUUUCCUGCUAGAAUGUGAACCUUCAUCCCAGUCUCAAACCUCUGGCUGACUCAAACAGGUUUUCCUCCAGAAUUGCCCUGUAUUUAGUGCCAUCCAGCUUUUCUUUAAUCCUUACCAGCCUUCCUGCCCCUGCAAAUGAAAAACAUCCCUAAAGCAUGAUGCUGCUACCACCGUGCUUCCCUGUAGGAAUGGUGUUCUCAGGGUGAUGGGAAGUGUUGGGUUUACACCACACAUUGCGUUUCCCAUGAUGGCCAAAAAGUUCAAUUUUAGUCUCAUCUGGCCAGAGAAUCUUCUAUGUGUUUGGGGAGUCUGAAACAUGCUGUUGGGCAAACUCCAAAUGUGCUUUCUGAUUUUUUUCUUGUUUUCUGGCCACUCUUCCAUAAAGCCUCGCUCUGUAGAGUGUAUGGCAAACUGGUCCUAUGGACAGAUACUCCCAUCUCUGCUGUGGAUCUUUUCAGCUCCUUCAAUGUUAUCUUUAGAGUCUUUGUUGUAUCUCUGAUUAAUGCCCUCCUUGCCUGGUCUGUGAGUUUUGAUGGGCAGCCUUCUAUUGUCAGGUUUGUAGUGGUGCCAUGUUCUUUCCAUUUUGGUAUAAUGGAUUUAAUGGUGCUCUGUGGGAUAUUCAAAAUUUGGGAUUUUUUUUUAUAACCCAACCCUGAUCUAUACUUCUCCACAACUUUGUCUCUGACCUGUUUGGAGUGCUCAUUGGUUUUCAUGUUGCUUGCUUCUGUCAGGUACAUGAGGGAGGCGGAUGUAAGUUCAGAGUUUUCAUUUUAAUGAAAAGAGUGCAGUUAUAUACAAAGUGCAGAACUAUACAGACAUAUACAUGUAGGCAAACAAUCUAAAAAUGGCAGGCUAGAUCAGAAACGUGAAAACAGGCAAAAGGGUUGGGUGAGGCGCAAACAGGAUAUCAGAGGCAAAUCUGGAACAGGAAUGAGUAACAGGCACAAGAAUCGAAAAGCAGGAAAUCAAGAACAUGGGUAGAAAGGCUCAGUAAUGCGUACUUGCGUAUCAUAGUACUUCACGAUGCAAAUGCAUUGGCACAGUCCUUAAAGAGGCAAACACAUAGUUCCUUAAUUGAGCUCAGGUGUGCCUUGUUCACGGCGCAUGCGCAACCCGGGGUGCGCUUUCAGGUGCACGCACCACAGCGCACAGGAUUGACAGAACCCCCUCCCAAACAGCUCCCGCUGUGAGCGAAAAUCCAUCAUACUUGGCCCCAGUGGGGGCUCAGGACACAACUUGGGUUCUUGGCUGGGAGUGGGCUUUAGCUUGGGACUUGACUUGGGCUCUGGGACGGAAUCCUGCUCAGACUCCAGACUUGACCUGGGUAUUGGACUUGGCUCGGAUCUAGAACCGAAGGUGGACUCAAGCUCUGGGUUGGAUUUGAGCUCUGGCAAUGACUUGAGCUAUGGGCUGGACUCUGGCUCCAGCUCAGGAGAUGACUCAGGCUUAUGCUCUGGAUCUGGCUUGGGCUUGGGGCUAGACUCGAGCUCAGGAUGUGACUCAGGCCGGAGUUCUGGAACUGGCUUGGACACAGGGCUGGAAGUGAGCUCAGGAGAUGACUCAGGCUGGAGUUCUGGAACUGGCUUGGACACAGGGCUGGAAGUGAGCUUCGACUCAGGCUCCAGGCUGUAUUUGGGUUCAGUAGAGGACUUGAGCUCUGGACUAUACUUGGGCUGUGGACUUGACUUGGACACAGGAUUUGGCUUUAGUUCGAAUGCCAGACUUGGCUUAGACUCAGAACUGGACUCAGACAUGGGCUCGAGCUCUGUAAGCAUGUUGCUAAGGUCCUGGUUAGGACCUGGCAGUGGGACGAUGACGUCUUCAUAGUCGGCUGAGGCAGCGGUCAUUCCGAUGUCCUCCGACACAGGUUCAGGAGCAGGCUCAGGUUCUGGCACUGGCCUUAACUCUGGUAUCGGCACUGAAGCUAAUGGAGGUGCCAACUCUGGCGUCAGUUCUGAUGCACUGGCUCUGGAGUAGGCACUGACAUUGGAUCUGAUUUAGGCUCUGGCACUGGCAUAGGCUCUGGAGUAGACACUGGCACAGGCUCUGAUGCUGGCACUGAAGCUAACUCCAAUACUGGCACUGGUUCUGACUCCGGCACUAGAGCAGGCAUUGGCGCUGGCACAGGAACAGACGCUGGCACUGGCACAGGAACAGAUGCUGGUGCUGGCUCUGACAAUGGUUCAGGCAUUAAUUCAAGUACUGGUUCUGGCUGAGAAACAACUGUCUCUCCUGAGCUAGCCUCUGAGAUAGGCUCAGGAACAACAUUCUCCUUUGCUUUCUCUACAUCGGCCACUGGAGGGAGCACUGGAGCGACGGCCUCCUCCACUGCGUCGGCCAUCAGAAUGAUUGCCCCUCCCCAGAAAUUUUCAUGGGAUUCCUCCUUUCCCACUGAUUCAAAAAUUAACUUGAGCAUGGCAAAAAAAGUCUGUGAGCUUUGAAGGCAUGGGUGCUCGACUCUGAUCAGGUUAUCCACCCAUCUGCAUGCUCGUCCAGAAAUAAACGUUAGGAUGAAGCUUACCCAGAUAGGUUCGGAUGGCUUGGGCUCUUGGAAGUCAUCAUAGAGGACGCCACACUGGAUGCGGAAUCCACACGGGUGAUACUCUCCAUUGUAGGAGUGUAAGCACCGGUACGCUGGCGGAAAAACGAGGCUAGAGGCAGAGACAGGGAAACCUGGAAGCGGCGUGGAAAUGUGUAUUGAAACGCUUCUGCUACAUCCAUUAUAAGGGGAAGUAUUCUGCCAGGUACGUGAGGGAGGCAGAUGUAAGUGCAGAAGUUUUAGUUUAAUGAAAAGAGUGCAGUUAUAUACAAAGUGCAGAACUAUACAGAUAUAUACACAAACAAUCCAAAAAUGGCAGGCUAGAUCAGAAACGUAAAAACAGGCAUAACGGUCAGGCGAGGUGCAAACGGGAAAUCAGAGGCAAAUCAUGAACAGGAACAAGAAACAGGAACUCAAGAACACGGGUAGAAAGGUUUGGUAAUGCGUACUUGUGUAUCGUAAUACUUCACGAUGUACAUAAAUGCAUCAGCCCAAUCCUUAAAUAGGAAAACACAUAGUUCCGUAAUUGAGCUCAGGUGCGCCUUGUUCACGGUGCACACGCUGGAGUCCACUCGGCGCACAUGCAACCCGAGGUGCGCCUUCAGGUGCACGCGCCACAGUGCGCAGGACUGACCGCUUCAUAGUGUUGCAGAGUCAGGGUCCUUCCAAAACAGGUUGAUUUAUGCAGACAUAAUGUGACACUUUGAGUGCACACAGGUGGAUCUUAAUCAAUUAAUUAUGUUAAUUAUGAAGUUAAUUGGUUGGACCAGCUCUUAUUUAGGGGUUUCAUACCAAAGGGGGUGAAUACCUAUGCACACUCCAGAUUUCUGUUUUUUUUCUUAAUUAUUAUUUUUGUGUCACAAUAAAAAAAUAAUGCACCUUUAAAAUGGGAGGCAUGUUGUGUAAAUCAAAUGGUCUUAACCCUGCCAAAAUAUCAUUUUAAUUCCAGCUUGUAAUGCAAUAAAACAGGACAAACACCAAGGGGAAUUAAUACUUUUUGCAAGACUGUGUGUGUGUGUGUGUGUAUAUAUAUAUAUAUAUAUAUAUAUAUAUAUAUAUAUAUAUAUAUAUAUAUAUCCCUCCAUGAUUGAUAGAAAGGGUUAGAAAAUAUCCAACCUUUAAUUGAAAUUGAUUUAUUCAGAAAAAAAACAUCCCUCAUCAAGAAAUAAUUUUCAAAAAAAGCAUGUGCCACUAUUAUUGGCACCCCUGGAAAUUAUAAUGAACAAAAUGUAAGUAACUGGAGCAUAUUUUCCAUUUAAACUGUACAUUUUUAUUUGAUUUUCUUUUUAUUUUAGCUCAUUGCAGAUCUUUUUAUUUUACAUUGUUUUGAAUUUCACGCUUCAUACAAGUAUUUAGCCGUAGUUAACUUUUUAGUAAGGAGUGUUGCUGUCUCCUUGCGAGGGGUAAUUACAGUAAAGAUUCCUGUAUCUACACAUGACAUUAUAGCUGCCUCGAAGUGGAUUAAAGUCACAUUUUAGUCUCACCUGCCUUUUUCUUGUGGUUUGAAUAACUCCUUGCUCUCAUGUGCUUUUUUUGUUUGGGGCUUUUUUUUUUUUUUUUGCAUUUAUGUAGUGCUACAGGCAGAUUUAUGUAAAACACACUCUCUGUGCCAUCAAAAUAAAGGCAUUGGCUGA